AUGGCCAGCACAGGAGGAAAAAAGGGCUGGCCGGACUUUGGAACGGGACGAGGCUCUGUAACUCGACGCGGUCCCGCCUUUUUGACGCGCACAGCUACUGAUGAGGCUGCUCAAUUACUACGAAGGUCAUCUUUCCCAGGCACUCCAGAAGAGCAUCGUCCUGCAUCAGCCCACGAUGGCUCAGCAUAUACUCUGUCAAGACCUGCGACCGCCCAGUCUUCUGUGUCUGUUCCGCCGCUUGCGCCGGUUGACAUAUCGACUUCUUCAAAAGCUUAUGGGACUUUCGAUGGCCCUCAAGACUCACGAGGCGACGCUCAGCCGCCAACGUCAACAGCUGCGGAUCAAGGUUUGCCAGGACAUUCACUUAUAACCUAUAGCCGUGGUACAGCUGGCAAGGUUGAGAAAUCGGGUCUGCACAAUGAUGGCACGGCUCCGCGCCCAGCUGGAGGCUCGGAAAAGUUGGGAACGUUCUCAGGAGUCUUUGUUCCUACAAGUCUGAACGUCCUAAGCAUCCUCAUGUUCAUCCGCUUCGGUUUCAUACUUGGGCAGAGCGGUGUGAUAGGCAUGCUGGCCAUGCUGGUCGCAGCUUAUGUCAUCAAUUUGAUCACGACCAUGUCCCUUUCGGCGGUAGCUUCCAACGGCACGGUCAGAGGAGGAGGGGCCUAUUAUCUGAUCUCCAGAUCCCUUGGUCCUGAAUUUGGUGGAGCCAUCGGGUUGGUGUCGUAUCUCGGCUUCGUCUUCAACACGGGAAUGAAUGCAGUCGCUCUAGUCGACUGUCUCUCCUACAACUUUGGUGCCAAGUCUGGGAACUGGGCCAACACUCUUCCUGAAGGUCAGUGGUGGGAGUAUCUCUGGAGUACUUUGGUUGUGGUACUAUGUGUCACUAUCUGUAUGGCCGGAAGUGCGAUUUUCGCGCGUGCGAGCAAUGGCCUGCUUUUCAUUCUGCUUCUGGCAACGUUUAGCGUUCCCUUUUCAGCCAUUAUUCGAACACCAUUCGAGACCCAAAAACAAUUUCUGCAGUUUACUGGCCUUCGCCUUGACACUCUCAAAGAGAACCUGCUACCUCAUUUCACCAAGGGAGCUGCUGGUAGCGAGCUCAAAGGCAAAGAGAACUAUCAAGAUCUGUUUGGCAUUUUGUUCCCCGCAACUGGAGGUAUUCUCGCCGGAGCGAGCAUGUCAGGCGAUCUGAAGAAUCCUAGUGCAUCCAUUCCCAGGGGCACACUCGGUGGAUUGGCCUUGACCUUCGUUGCAUACGCUUUGGUGGUCUUAGCCAUGGCUGCAAGCAUAACCAGGGAAUCCUUCUACCGGAACGUCAACGUUGUGCAAGACGCCAGCGUGUCGGGGAUGCUAAUCCUGGCCGGAGAGUUGGCAUCGACAUUCUUCUCUGUGUUGAUGGGUAUUAUUGGGCCAGCGAAGCAACUGCAAGCCAUCGCCAGAGACAAGGUUGUUCCAGGUCUCUCUAUAUUCGGGCAGGGGACGAAGAAGAAGGAUGAGCCAAUUUACGCGAUCCUUUGCACUUUCGCUGUCACUCAGCUGGUGCUUCUUCUCGACAUUAAUCAAAUUGCGUCGCUGAUUACCAUGACUUACCUCAUGACCUUUUUUGCUUUGAAUGUGGCCACGUUUCUUUUGAAGAUUGGCUCUGCCCCGAAUUUUCGGCCGUCGUUCUCGUACUUCAACUGGUGGACGGCGGCCUCUGGUGCGCUUCUCAGCGCGGGCAGCAUGUUCUUUGUUGAUGGACUUUCGGCAUCUGGGUCGGUUUGCAUUCUACUCAUCCUCAUCAUAAUGAUCCACUACACGACUCCGCCAAAACCCUGGGGCUCGAUUUCGGAAGUCCUCAUCUAUCACCAAGUCCGAAAAUAUCUCCUGAGACUCAAGACUGAGCACGUCAAAUUCUGGCGCCCGCAAAUCCUUCUGCUCGUGAAUGACCCUAGAAGGAGCUACAAACUCAUUCACUUCUGUAAUUCGCUCAAGAAAGGUGCCUUAUUCAUCAUUGGCCAUGUCAUUGUUACGCAAAACUUCGGCGCCUCUGUGCCCGAAGCACGUCGUCAGCAAGCAGCUUGGAACAAAUUUAUCGAUAUUUCCAAAAUCAAAGCUUUUGUGAACGUGGCAAUUUCACCUUCUAUUGAAUGGGGGGCUAGAAAUGUCUUUCUCUCCGCCGGCUUGGGGGGCAUGCGCCCGAACAUUGUUGUCCUCGGUUUCUACAAUUUGCAACAGUUCAGAUCAGAGCAACCUCUGGUCGACGUGCCGAGCCCGCCCCCAGAAAGAAAAGCUAGUUCGCUUAGACGCCGUCGUACCAGCAGGAGCCAGGUCAGAGGCGAACUGCCUACAGACGUCUGCUAUGUGGAGAAAAGAACAGAUAUCCAGAGUUAUGUUAUGGUUUUGGAAGAUAUGAUCCUCAAGCUGCGGACUAACGUUGCGGUGGCAAUAGGGUUUGCCGACCUGGAACUUCCUAAAGCAAAAGCCGCUGUCACAAAGAAGUACAUAGAUCUGUGGCCCAUCCAGAUGUCCGCGGAACUCACAUCUGAAACGGAUGGUCAACCGCAGAAUGUCACAACCACCAACUUCGACACGUAUACCCUCAUCCUGCAGCUUGGGUGCAUUCUCAACACAGUGACAUCGUGGAAGCGAUCCUACGACCUUCGAGUCGCAGUCUUUGUUGAGUACGAGGCUGAUGUGGAAGAGGAAAGAGCUCGGGUUACGUCCCUCUUAGAAAAUCUACGGAUUAGGGCUCAGGUUCUGGUGUUCUGGCUGGCUUGUGGCACCAUCAAAAGUUACAACUAUGUCGUCAACGGGCAAGAUGUCGACGAAGAGACGCAAGACCAAGUCAACAAAGUUCUGGAAGAUGAAACAUGGUGGCAAGAACUUCUCAGACUCCGAGGCAAGUCCAGAUCUGGCGAUGUUACAGCUGGGGAUGCCUCUUCGAUGGCCGAUGAUUUUAUAUGGCCAAGCUCGUCUCUACCAAGCAGAAGAGAUAGUGCUUUCGUUCGUAUGGACGGUCUUCGCAGGAUAUUGACGCAUCCGAGAAAGAGGUCAUCAUUUGGCAACUUGUCCAGUCUUGGGGUGAGCCUUUCUAUGAGAACCUCACGGAUAGACGACGACAUGCUUAGCCGACAUGCAUCCCAUCCAAGUGACUCUGAACGCUCUGAAUCCGAGGAUGAGGACGAAGACGAAGAAGAUGGUGAGGAAGAGGAGACGUCCGAUGAUCAAGACUCGGGCGCGAGUCUAUCAGAACGCGACAGAGAGCAGAUGCACGAAUCGUCUGGCAGCCUUAGGUCCGCUCUCAAAACUAAAUCCUCAUCGUCCAGGAAGAGUAGCCGGGCAAGCUCGAAAAAGUCGAGCCGCAAAAGGCAAAGGGAGGAAGCUUCGAGGAUGGAACGCUCUACCUCGGCUGAGCCAGAAUUGCAAUUUGAUGAAGAGAUUCUCCCUUCAGGGAACGAGGAAGUCCUUCGAGGCCGUAGUCCGGCCGCGUCGGAUUCCGGCGCACCAUCGCUCAAACAAAACCUUGAGACUGUGGCCUCAUCGCUAAGAUCUCGAGCAGCUUCACCAAAUUUCACAUCUGAGCCUGUCCCUCUCACCAAAGUGCCUAGUGACGAAGGGGCCGGUCCCUCAAUCAUGUUCGCCGAAAGUCCACACCCGCGGCGACAAAUGCCUGAAGAUACCAUCCCAGCUGCAGGACGAUCAAUUUACCAACGGACAAGAGAGGACAGCACUGCUCCCCAACCGUCCGCUUCUGGCUUUCCAACAGCGGCCUCGAUUCCAUUGUCCUUCAACGACUUACCGAGCCGUGCACAACAUCUGAUCUUGAAUGAACUGAUAUCGCAGAACAGCGAUGACACUGCCGUCAUCUUCACAACAUUGCCGGCACCGGUGGAAGGAACAUACCGCAGCGAGACGGACAGCCUUGGGUAUAUCAGUGACUUGGAAGUGCUGGCUGGUGGACUCCCGCCGACAUUGCUGGUGCACAGUAACAGCAUGACUGUUACUACGAAUUUAUGA